GCCUUUGUGUCUAAUCUGAGGAUUGUGGACUACGCUCGGUAUUUAGACGGAUUCCAUAUGGUUAAUCAUAUACAAUCGAGAUAUAGAGGAGGGACUACGGUAGGGUUCCUUAAGUUAAUUGAGCAAUGUAAGAACUCGAUGAGAUGCGGAGUGAUCAAGCCUAUUGCAAAUUUUGAGGAUGCGUUUAUUGAAGGAUACUGCUUAAGGAAUGUUGGUGAUUUCUGGACAUUUCUGAACCGUCCAAACGAAGGAAUCUGGAUUUACAGGAAAGGUCUGAUAGCUCACGGCAGGAAUCUGUUCUACAAGAACAUUAUUGUCAACCUUCUGGCCUUUAAGGAGACUUUACUUGGAAUGGAGCCUGAAGAAGACUAUUGGCUUAAGGAUCUAAGCCUGCUAGACGAUGACUUUUCUGUCUCAGCUAUUGACGAAGAAGACAAUGAGAGCAACUUCUCUUCUGAUCAAGGCUCUGACUCUGAUAAGAAUGAUAGCGAAAGUGAAGGUCUCUCAAAUUCCGGUUCCGAUUCUGAUGAGAUAGAUGAAGAGGAAUCUGAUGGACUUGAAGAGGAGAAGAAGGAUUUAGAAACAGGCCAAUUAAUCAACCCUGCAAAGAUAAUGAAUCCAAACUUGCCAGUUAUGUUCAUGAGGAACAAAAAGAGACUUAGAAAGUUAGCAAAACGCCUCAAGACCAGAACUGUAUGGAAACAGGUUGAAGAAUAUCGCCCAAGAAAAAGAAAACGGAUGACAAGAUCAAGAUCAAUCCCAAGAUUCAUAAAAUCUAAAAAGAUGAAUCAAAAAGAGGAAUCAAGUGGAGAAUCGGAAGAAGAAUUUAAAGAAGAAUUUAAAGAAGAAUCAAAAGAAGAGAUAAAGGAAGAUGAUAACAUCAAGCUCGAUGAGACAAAGUAUAUCCCUUACCAUAUUUUAAUUACAAUAUGUAAAGGACGUUUUGUGUGAUUGAUUAACUCAUCUGAAGCUGAGAUGCACCUCUCAAAAUUGAUGCCUGAUUCAAGGGAACCAAGAGGAAGAAGUUCAACUCGAAAAACUCGCUCUAGAUCCUCAGGCAGAUCACCUGACAAAUCUCCUGCAUUGAUAAAGGAUACAAAAGCCUCAACUCUUAAUGCAAGGAUGAAAUCAAUUUGCAAAGUCGUAGCUCACGAAAUGUGUUUCCACAUGAACAACUUAAUCCCAGGUUGCUUUGAACUAAUGAGGUUCUACUUCCUAAUUGACACGAAUCUGAACCCUGUCCUGAAGGAGAUCUCUCGUAAUCUUGAUGAAGAGAGAUUCUUUACCAGCCAUAGGAAGAGAAUAGUGGAAACUUCGAUCAGAAUAGUCAAGAGUAUAGCUAGCAAAGCGAAGGUGUGGAGGCGCAAGGGAGUUAUGCAGAUGAUUGACGAAGCGAGGAAGGUGGAUAGGAGAGCGAAGGAAUUUAAGGUUUUGGUUAAGGUUUAGUG